AGAAGGCAGAGUAAAGCCAAGAACAACAGAGUCCGGAGUCACUCGGAGCCAGUGGGGACACCAGCGGCAGAGAACUCCUUCUCUGUCUGUCCACCUGCAGCUGUUCAGUGGAUGGAAAAGAACUUCUGCACGGGGACAGAGCUGCAGCGGAAAAUGACACUUGAGUUUUAGAAUUGAUUCAUCUGUAAGAGUUCUCAAGUCGUUCAUCCGGAGGCAGAGAUGGGUUUCUCCGAUCUGCUGGACGAGGUGGGUGGAUUUGGCAGGUACCAGUGGUGCCACGUGACCCUCAUCUGUUUACCGGGACUGUUGAUGGCAAGUCAGAAUCUUCUGAACAACUUUGUCUCAGGGAUCCCGUCCCACCACUGCAGUCUCCCGGCCAACCUCAGUGCCUACAACCUGUCAGGGCUCCAGGAGGACGACAUGGCCAUCAUGCAAGCCUUUAUCCCGCUCGAUGCUUCAGGAACUCGACUGGACCGCUGCAGGAGGUUUGUGACGCCUCAAUGGCAGCUGCUAGCAGCUAACAGCUCCGCUAACAUCAGUCACCUGCCCACUGAGGAAUGUGUGGACGGGUGGACGUUCGACCGCUCGGAGUUUAUCGCCACCACCGUCUCUGAGUGGGACCUGGUCUGCAGUCUGCGUCCUCUCAGACAGAUGAUCCAGACCAUCUACAUGGGCGGGGUUUUGGCCGGAGCCAUCAUUUAUGGGGGCUUGUCAGACAGGUUUGGCCGACGAUCCAUCCUCAUCUGGUCGUACCUACACAUGUCCGUGGUCGGUACCAUCGCUGCCUUCGCUCCGUCCUACACAUCCUACUCUGCUAUGAGGUUCCUGGUGGGGAUGGCAGUCUCUGGGGUUAUCAUCAACGGAGUCUCCUUGAAGAUGGAGUGGAUACCAACCAAGAACAGAACUUUGGUGGGCACACUGUCCUCCUUCUUCUUCACGUUUGGUCAGAUGAUCCUGGCUGGUCUGGCCUACUGGCUGAGGGACUGGAGGAAGCUUCAGCUGGUCGUCUGUGCGCCGUUCUUCAUCCCCUUCUGCUACAGCUGGUGGUACUCAGAAUCCGCCCGGUGGUUGGUCCUUCGCAAGAGGUCUGAAGAUGCUCUGAAAAGUCUCAGAAGAGUUGCAAAAUUUAACGGAAAACCAGAAUCUGCCAAGAAAAUAACAGUGGAGGUUCUACAUUCCCACAUGCAUAAAGAGAUAGAAGCCUGUCGUACCACCUUCACAGUGGUCGACCUGCUGAAGACUCCGGGGAUGAGACGCAUUUCCGUCUGUCUCACCGUAGUCUGGUUCUCCACCAGCUUUGCCUACUAUGGGGUGGCGAUGGACCUACAGAAGUUUGGGGUCAGUAUCUACCUGAUGCAAAUCAUCUUCGGAGCUGUCGACUUUCCUGCCAAGCUGAUGGCUCUGGGACUGCUGAGCUAUAUUGGGAGGAGACGGACUCAGGCGUUGUGUCUGUUCAUGUCGGCCCUUGUUAUCUUUGCCAACAUCUUUGUCCCGACAGCCAUGCAGACUCUCAGGACCACCCUGGCGUGUCUCGGGAAAGCCUUCACCUCCUCGUCGUUCACCACAGUCUACUUGUACACCGGAGAACUCUACCCAACGGUGGUCAGGCAGACCGGGAUGGGUCUGGUGUCCACAAUGGCCAGGAUCGGAAGCAUGGCGGCGCCGGCUGUUCUCAUUCUGGACGAGAUAUUCCCGGCACUUCCCAGCAUAGUGUAUGGAGGUGCGGCGGUGUUGGCGGCGGGCUUCGCCCUCUUCCUGCCUGAAACACUAGACAUGCAUUUACCUGACACUAUACAGGAUGUGGAGGAAAAGUGGUCUGAAAGGAAACAAGGCCACUCCAAAAGCAAGGAUAUAUCUCUGAAGGCUGUGGAUGAUGAUGUCAUCUCAAAGGAAGGCGUGUUGUUGAAAGAACUGAAAGAGUCUGAAGGGAGCGGCCUUAACGCCCUUUGACCUGUCAACACUGACCACCAGCCGUGUUUAAAAGAAACUUCUGAAUCCCCAAAGAAGGCUCUUAGUUCUGCCUUAAAUCUGCGAGUACAAAUAUGCACCAUCUGGUUUACACAGAUGAACAUUAGCUUCCUAACAAAGGUCUUGUCUUCUGUCAGUACUGACAUCCGAUGCUACAGUAGAGGAAUAUUGUUGCGAUACUAAGUGUGACUUCUGCGUCACUGAAACACGCUUAAAAGACUCCAGACGAGGUGUUGACUCGACUUAGUGCUUCAUGUCUUUGGUGAUAAACUUCAAGAUGUUGAUGAAAUGAGGGAACAUUUUCCAAGGCAGGAGAAUCUGUGCAAAGGCUGAAAACAUUAUUGAUAUCUUGGGUAUAUUUAGGCUUUGUAGUUAUGAGUGACGUUGGUUUUAAUCAGAUUAAGGGAUUGUGUUUGUAUGCAACAACACAAGGAAAUGGAAUGUUUUGGCUUACAAAACAAUACCAUUUCUAUUUCUUACUCACUCAAAUAUUUGAUGGGUAUUUAUGAAUACCAGCACUGUAUGAUUUAAUGGACACAUUUAGGUCACUAAUAAAAUCAUAUUUAUUAAUCCUUGUGUUGUUUUCUAAACUACUACAGCAUGUUUUUUUUUAAUAAGGUUGCGGUAUGACUUUGUUGAUAAGCUUCAAAAACAAAAUCCAAAAGUGAUUUAUUGCCAGUCAUUGUUGAAAUGCCAUACACCUUUGAAUGAUGUUGAAUGAUGUGACUAACAUUCAGACAGUAAUGGUUUAAGUGAAGGCAAAUGUGUCUCUGUUUAGUGCGUCAUUGUUUCAGAACCUGUUGGUAUAUGUCAUUCGUAUUAUAUCUUCAUGAAUGAAACAUGAAAUAGUUUCAAAUAAAUAA